ACCUCAGUUGGUUACAGCCGUUCUUAGCUGUGAACCAAUUGAUUCACGCUUAAAGCCUUGUGUUUUUUCCGACUUUACAAGGCUGCUAGGAAAAGUGGGGGAGUGACGACUUGUUCCUGGAAGAGCCAGCCUGCGGAGUCAGUCACAUUUUUGGCUGGGAUUCAAUGACUGAGCCAGACACACACAAACACAGAUAGGGGCUGCGAGGGAGAGAGAGGGGCGAGUGAGUGAGCAAGCGCAACCCAGCUCACAGACUAGCCAUCUCCAGUACACAGGCAUAUCGAACAGCAGGGGCAGACGGAGUGUAUGCGUGCGGCUAUACUGCAGUAUUCCACGGUUUAAAGGAGGUUCCACGCGUGUUAUUACUGUGUUUGAUACCGGAUACAUACAGGGAGAAGGCUUUGCUUUAUCGGUCGAUACUUUUUCUGAAACUUCAAAAGCAUUAUUCAUUUUUGGAGGAGUUUCAGAGGGACGCGUUUUAGAUAUGGACUGUCAGGAGUGUACUGCAGGGGAAGACUCGCCCGUGUCACCAUUCGCUUAGUAGGCUAGUCAACGGAAUUGGAAACUCACUGCUCGGGACUUUUUUGUGGGUGUUUGAUGAAGCGCUUUCUGCACUUGGCUAAUUCUCGGAGACCUUGGAUUUACAAGGAACCGGAACCUAUCGUUUCUUUCAAUUGUUUUAGUUUGCCCCAGUUGAAAGGAACUCUCGCUUUCAAAGUCGUAGUGAAAACAUGGAGACUGUAACUCGACAAAGCUUCCAACCUCACCCAGGACUGCAACAAACUCUCAAGCAGUUUCAUCUGAGUUCUAUGAUCUCCCUCGGCGGACCGGCGGCGUUUUCUGCUCGAUGGCCACAUGACCUCCUGUUCAAGAAGGAUGGGAAAGAGCCCGAGCCCGUGCUGCAUCUUCCAAUGCAGCCGCCGACAGUGAUGCCGGGACCACUCUUCAUCCCCUCCGACCGCUCCACUGAGAGGUGCGAGACGGUCCUGGAGACCGAGACUGUCUCCUGUUUCGUGGUCGGCGGCGAGAAACGGCUGUGCUUGCCGCAGAUCCUCAACACCGUACUGCGGGAUUUCUCCCUUCAACAGAUCAACUCGGUGUGCGACGACCUCCACAUCUACUGCUCCAGGUGCACGGCAGAACAGCUGGAGAUCCUCAAAGUCAUGGGAAUUCUCCCCUUCUCGGCGCCUUCCUGCGGACUCAUCACCAAAACGGAUGCGGAGCGCCUGUGCAAUGCCCUGAUUUACGGAGGCACCUACCCGCCGCACUGCAAGAAAGAGUUCACGGGCUCACUGGAGCUGGAGUUCACGGAGAAAAGCCUCAAAAUAUACCACGAGUGUUUCGGAAAGUGCAAGGGUCUCUUCGUCCCGGAGCUGUACACCAGCCCCAACGCAGCCUGCAUCCAGUGCAUGUACUGCAGACUCAUGUACCCGACCCAUAAGUUCGUGGUGCACAGUCACAAAUCGUUGGAAAACAGGACUUGCCACUGGGGCUUCGACUCCGCCAACUGGAGGGCAUACAUCCUCUUGGACCAGGAUUACACAGGGAAAGAGGAGAAGGCGCGCCUGGAGCAGCAUUUGGACGAGAUUAAAGAGAAAUUUGAUUUCGCCAACAAAUAUAAGAGGAAAGCAUCCAGGGCGUCGGAUCCCAUUCCAGCCAAGAAGUCUAAACAUGAAGACUUCCCAUCGCUAACCCUGUCCGAGAAGCAACCGGAUUGGCUACGAUCCCUCUCGGCUUCGGCCAAUAAGGGGCUCAACUGCUUCCAGCCCAGACAGAGGCCCUCGGCUUUCAGGCCCUGGUCCCCUAACCUCUCAGCUGGGGACAAAGACAUGCCCAGCCGCCCUCUGGCUCUCCUGAGAGACAGUCUUUACAACUUCAAGACCAUGGAGAACGCUGUGUCCCCAAACGUGGCCCUCACACCCCCACCCCUGACAAAGGCAGGGCCCCUGUCGCCGUCCGUGCCUAGCACCUCCCACCCCAGUGCCGGCAAGGCCCCAGGAAAGGGGGCCAGCCCCAUAUCCAGGACCCGGAAGAGGAGGGCCACAGGGGAGCUCCCGCACCCAGGCCACGAGCCCCCCUGCUCCCCUUCGGCUGCAGCCAGCAAGCUCCCACCCCAGGAAGACAAGGACUCAGAAGUGGAGAUCGAGGUGGAGAGCCGAGAGGAAUUCACAUCGUCCCUGUCCUCCCUCUCCUCCCCAACCUUCACCUCCUCCAGCUCUGCCAAGGACAUAAGCUCGCCCGGCGCCCAGGUCCCAGUGUGUACGGUGACGUCGGCGGUGUUGAUCCCCGAGGACGGCCCUCUCGCUGGGGUAGCAGCAGCAGCAAUGGCGGUGGUGUUGGCCCCUGAGGGCCCCGGGCCGGGGGGUCUGGAAUCAGAGUUGGAGAUCCUGAGGCAGGCGCUGGACAGCGGGCUGGACUCCAAGGAGUCUAAGGAGAAGUUUCUGCAUGAGAUCGUCAAGAUGCGGGUGAAGCAGGAGGAGAAGCUGGGCUCAGCCCUGCAGGCCAAACGCAGCCUUCAACAGGAGUUGGAGUUCCUGCGAUUGGCUAAGAAAGAGAAGCUCAGGGAGGCCACGGAGGCCAAGCGGAACCUGAGGAAGGAGAUUGAGCGCCUUCGUGCCGAGAGCGAGAAAAAGAUAAAGGAGGCAAACGAGUCUCGCGUGCAUCUGAAGAGGGAGCUGGAGCAUGCCCGGCAGCUCAGAGUGUGUGACAAGGGCUGCGAGGCAGGUCGCCUGCGCGCCAAGUACUCCACACAGAUCGAGGACCUGCAGAUGAAGCUCCAGCAUGCCGAGGCGGACCGCGAGCAGCUCCGGGCAGACCUACUGCAGGAGCGGGAAGCCAGGGAACACCUGGAGAGAGUGGUCAAGGAGCUGCAGCGGCAGCUGUGGCCCAAGGAGCAGAACACGCCUACCGAGGACAACCCCGUCAACAACUAACCCUUCCCAUAAACAACUCCGCGCCAAUCCCCCACUAUCAGCACCCAAAAUAAAACUACGCCUGAGACGACCGACACAGAAUAGAGAAAAGUAGAAAUAUCAAACCUCUAUGUGUGCGUGUAUCCAUCCUCACACAAAUUGUAUCAGUGCUUGGAUGCAUCCUUGGAGAGAGAAACAAAGGAAAUCAAAUAAAUUUGUACAUAUACCAAGUUGUUACUAGUUGUUGGUAUUUGUACAUUUGUACCAAGUUGUUACUAGUUGUUGGUAUUUGUACAUGUACCAAGUUGUUACUAGUUGUUGGUAUUUGUACAUGUACCAAGUUGUUACUAGUUGUUGGUAUUUGUACAUGUACCAAGUUGUUACUAGUUGUUGGUAUUUGUACAUGUACCAAGUUGUUACUAGUUGUUGGUAUUUGUACAUUUGUACCAAGUUGUUACUAGUUGUUGGUAUUUGUACAUGUACCAAGUUGUUACUAGUUGUUGGUAUUUGUACAUGUACCAAGUUGUUACUAGUUGUUGGUAUUUGUACAUUUGUACCAAGUUGUUACUAGUUGUUGGUAUUUGUACAUGUACCAAGUUGUUACUAGUUGUUGGUAUUUGUACAUGUACCAAGUUGUUACUAGGACAAGCACUGAAACGCACCUCUCCUCCACAAACUGAAAAUUGGAUCAGAAGAAAAAUAUAUAUAUAUAUUUAGCACAACAUUUUGUUGAGCCUGUAUUUUCUGAGACAGAGACUGGUGAACAUUUUGGAUAAAAACUUUUCUAUGAUAAAAAAAAAAGAUAAUAAUACAAUAAUUUUACAACUGGCCUGUUUAGAGACAAAAUGGAGGGCUGUCAAAAUGGCAGAGGAGCCAGGAAGUAGGACUGGACUCCUCAGGCGUGCCCCAGCAGGGCUUCUGCUUCGUUUCCCGUGAAGAAGUUGGAGAAUUUCAUGACCUUAUAAGCUAUUUAAGAGACUGCAUAACGAUAUGUAAAAAAAAUGUACGAAAACAUUUUCUUUGCUUCUUUGUGCUAUAAGAGCUUGGAGACAAAAAAAAUAUGGAUUUACAAAAAAUAUUAACAGACAGCAAGCAAGACAAACUACCACCAGUGCCAUCAUGGUUAGUCGGUGUGUAGAGGAGGCCAUUCUGAUCCAUUGAGGAAAAGUAUAACGCUUGUCUACUAUUCCAUUAAUACAUCAUGAAGUUUACUAUGGAAGGGGUCAGAGGAUUGCAUUGGACUAGAUGUUUUCUCUCUUUGACACAGGUGCUGUAUCUGUGUGUUCUGGCACACCUCUUAGAGUGAGCAUUUCAUUUAGAUAUUAACAACACACCGAAACAGCAUACACACUUGUCUUCAUUAUGUGUUUGUGAGCAUUUGGGUUAAAACCCAAAAGUCUUAUCUUAUAAAGAUAAACUUUGUGAUCAUUUUGUAUCUGGGUGCAAUCUGAAGCCCAGAUUUGUACACAGGACUUCUGCUGGGUUUCCCCCUGGGACUGUUGGUUAAAACUAGCUGAACCCGGCUUUACUGCUUUCCAUUUGAUUAGCGAGAGUUGGCAUGACUUGCUCAAAUGAAGAUCGAAAAUACAAUUUUUGAAUACUAUGAUUUUAGGUCUGGAAGUGGCGCCUUUAGCCAGAACCACAACAUUUUAUUUUUUAAUUAAAUGAUGGUAUGUAAAUAUAUAUAUAUAUGUGUUUUGUUUUUUUACAAUAAUGAAUCGCACUUUGUCAUUACAAAAUACUGUUAUAAUGCCUUAUACUCCCAUUAUUGUCUUCAAUCUUACAUUGGAGAGGAUAUAUCCAUGACAACAACAAUACAAAUACAAGUGAGCAUUUUGUUAUUAUAUGCAACUCAUUUAAAUGCAAUGUAAUCAUGUGUUUAAGACUAAAUAUUGUAAAUAAAAAGAGAGAAAAGGGGUCUACAUGCUUGCUUGCUGAUACAGUUUGGGCUGUUGGAAAAAUGUAAUUCCAAUCUUUUUUGGCACUAAUCAUACCAUUUUUGUUGUCAAUUAACAAUUAAAGACAGUGGGAUGUAGGGUUGCAAAAGAGAAAAUGGCAUGGGCGCCCAACUCUCCUAAAAUGUUGGUAUUUAUUAAUACGACAACGAUUCAUCCACGUUCCAAGGUGUGAAACACAGUGCUUUUAGACCAUUCAUAGGAAGGCAGUGAUUAUGACAGUCUGAAGACACAUUGCUCAUAUAUUUACCAGAAAAAAGAACACAAAGAGGAUUAAUAAAAAGUACAUUUUAUAAUGCUCCAGUUCAGAAUGGGAACGAUGCAAAUUACAAUGUACAUUGUGUUUAUGCUUUUUUUCCUUUGGUUGUUGAUGUUGUUGUUUUAAAUGUGGGAUAUUUUUAUGGCUUGUUUCUUAUGUUCCUUUUUUCCCAAUAGAAAACUCAUAUAUUUUCAUUCAUAUGCAUGACAUUUGAGAAGGUUUGCCAUGCAUAUAGUCAUUAUUGGGCAUUGAUACUGUACAUGUAAGGAUUGUAAUUGUGUUGUACAGCAAGCCUGUCUUUUCUAGAGGAAUCUAACCAUGUUCAUUACAUAGUUCAAGAAAAAAAACUUUAUACGUACACGCAAAAAAACACAACCUGAAGUUCAAACACAAUGCUGGACAACCUCAAGUGCCUGAAAGUGGGCAGAGGGUUUUCCAGAUCAGGAACACUGGCGAUGAAGUAACUGUUUUGUAUUUGGCCUCAGUAGGAACGUGCUCAAGAGUCAACUCCACCAUGGGAUGUCAUUACCGUCACAGUGCAGCUGUCACGCCUGUCACACAGUGCAGACACUGUCCACAGAGGGGACAUUUUCAUUCUCUCUUCUCUCUGCACUAAUCCCUCUGGAUAGGCCUGACUUGACUACAUUGCUCAAGCUACAAGAUGCAGCUUUUUCCCCCCAGUAUUUCUAACCCAAUGCAGUUUAAGGUGGUAAUUACAUUUACUCUUCUUCUUUUUGAGCAGAAACAAUUUAACGACUUUAUAAUUGUAAAAAAAAAAAAAAACAUCUAAUGAGGCAUUUUGAAUGAUCCCUUUAAUUCAUUCAGAAAUGUUCUUUUUGAGAUAUGCAUGUCAAAAAUAAUUCUAGGUAUCAACAGAUACCAUAGCUAUGCGGUAUUAUGAGGUUCACUCUAGGUUGUAGAAAAAGAUGACCUACCAUUUUUAUGUGAUUUGGUCUGUCUAUCCAAAGGUGGACAUCUCUAACUAGUGAAGAAGGCAUUAUGUCCAAGCCCCAUGUCUUAACAAACAUUAGAAAGGUCAAUGUUAUUUAGAGACUGACACUGAGUCUGUGACUUUUGCAGACCUAAAAUUGGUACAUUUUAUAGUUGUUUUUACACUCGAGUGAAUUGAUAUUUGUAGUUUCCUUUUCAUGGUUUUCUACAAAAAAAAGGGAGAAAAUGACGACAUUGGCUCUUUGCUCCCAAGUAAAAGAAAAAAACGGAUAAAUGAUUUAUUAUUUUUUAAAUAAGAACCAUUUUGCUAAAUGGAGGACAAAGAAGAAGCAAUAACAGUGAAACAGAUAAAACUAGCCAGUGUGAAGAUUUAAAAAUAAGAAUUUACAAGUGUAUAUAAUCUUUCAUUUUUACAAUAUUGUAUUAUAUAUGUACAUGGUGUUUCCUUUUUAUCCAAAACAAAUCUUUUCUCACAUCUUGUUUUGUUUUGGCUUGUGUUUUAACCAAGAACCUGUUUCAAAAAACAGUUAUUGCAGUGCAUUAGAGAAUAUUCUCUACAUAAACAUGUUGCUUAUCCAAUUAUUUCCAUUUUUAUUUUACUGUAAGGUCUUUAUAAUGAAAUACUUUUUUCACCAGUUCAUAUAUUGUUUACAAUAUAUUCAAUAUCAGAUAGUGUACAGUGCCUUCAGAAAGUGUUCAUACCCCUUGACUUAUUCCACAUUUUGUUGUGUUCCAGUUUUAAAUAUAUGUUUUAUCUCACCCAUCUACUCACAAAACCCCAUAAUGACAAAGUGAAAACAUGUUUUAGACAAUUCUGCUAAUUUAUUGAAAAUGAAAUACAGAAAUAUCUUAAUUUACAUAAGUAUUCUCAUCCCCGAGUCAAUACUUUGGCAGCAAUUCCAGCUGUCUUUCUGGGUACGUUUGUAAGAGCUUUCCACACCUGGAUUGUGCCACAUUUGCCCAUCAUUAUUUUUUUUAAAUCUUCAAGCUCGGUCAAAUGGGGUGUUGAUCAUUGCUAAACAACCAUUUUCAGGUCUUGCCAUAGAUUUUCAAGUAGAUUUAAGUCAAAACUGACUCGGCCAUUUAGGAACAUUCAAUGUUUUCUUAGUUAGCAACUCCAGUGUAGAUUUGGCCUUGUGUUGUAGGUUAUGGUCCUGCUGAAAGGGGAAUACAUCUCCCAGUGUCUGGUGGAAAGCAGAUUGAACCAGAUUUUCCAUUAGGAUUUUGCUUGUGCUUAGAACCAUUCUGUUUCUUUUUUUUAUCCUGAAAAGUCCUUAACGGUUAUAAGCAUACCCAUGACAUGAUGCAGCCACACUGCUUGAAAAUAUGGAGAAUUGUACUCAGUAAUAUGUUUUAUUCAGGACAAAAAGUUAUUUCACUCUGUCAAUUAGGUUAGUAUUGUGGAGAACUACAAUAUUGUCUCCUAUCACAACCAUUAAACUCUGUACUUUUUAAAAAUUCACCAUUGGCCUCAUGGUGUAAUCCUAGAGUGGUUUCUUUCCUCUCCGUCGUUUGAGUUAGGAAGGACGCCUCUUUGUAGUGACUGGGUGUAUUGAUACACCAUCCAAAGUGUAAUUAAUAUGUUCAAAGGGAUAUUCAUUGUCUGGGAUAUUCAAUGUCUGUUUUUUUACCCAUCUACCAAUAGGUAGGUACCCUUUGUGAGGCAUUGAAAAACCUCCCUGGUCUUUGUGGUUGAAUCUGUGUUUGAAAUUGACUGUUCGACUAGGGGACCUUACAGAUAAUUGUAUGUGUGGGGUACAGAGAUGAGGUAGUCAUUAAACAUCAUGUUAAACACUAUUAUUGCACACAGAGUGAGUCCAUGCUACAUAUUGUGUGACUUGUUAAGCACAGUUUUACUCCUGAACACAUUUAGACUUGUCAUGACAAAGGUGUUGAAUACUUAUUGACUCAAGACAUUUCACCUUUUCAUUCUUAACGUAUCAGUAUAAAUGUAUAGAAAUAUGAAUCCACUUUGACAUGAUGGGGUAUUGUGUGACAAAAA